GCAAGUUUUAUUGUACAAGCAGUAGCUCAAGCAGUCGCAGCAGUAUUUAGUAAGAAGAAAGGAAGAGCAAGAUCAACAUCACUCUCAAGCUCUAGUAGCUCAGAAGCUACUAGUAGCGAAGAUGAAAGUGAGGUGAAAGAUAAAUCGGUUAAAAGAAGAAGAGGUAAAUCGGUUAGUAAAAAGAAAGGUCAGUUAGUAGGAGCACAAGUAGCAGUACUAGCAGGUCUAGUAGCAGUAGCAGCAGUUCAAAACAUGAUGCAAAAGCUGAUUCUGGCUAUUACAAAAAAAUUACUAGGAUAUUGGCACCAUUCUGGUGGGAUUGAAAAAAUUUUAAAACAACAUCAUAAAACGCAGCGUUGGAUAGCAACAAUAAAUGCUAAUCCAAAAUUAAAGGCCUACAAUCGUGCCAGAAUAGAAAAAAAUAGUAAGGUGAAUGAG